UUCCUAGCCUCAAGCGGGGUCAGCAAGGACCUCGACGAAUAGAGUCACCGGCUCUUAUCCUGCUCUGCCCGUGAUGGCGGCGAGCCGUGGGUCAGGAAGGGCAUCAGAAAAGUAUAAAAAGGGUGGCUGUUGACGGGGUUGAGGCAGUUCUUCUUUCUCCUUUUCUCUUCUUCACUUUUCCCUGCUCCUCAACAGGUCCGCACUCUGAAGCACAAGGCACACUGCCCCCACAGGUCUUGGACAUACCCCAGCUGCGUGGUCCCGAGUGACACCGUUCAUCACUAUCACAAACACAUCAUCACCAAAGCCCUUGGAGAGCCUCACACCGACCACAAGCGUCGUCACACCUCUUGAACCCCCCUUACUUCUUCUUUAGAGACCUUUACACCCUUACACACUUCACCAUGUCUGCCUCCUACUCCACUCAGUACUAUGCCGCUGGCGCGCUCCCCAUCCCUCCUCCAAGCAAAGGCCAGCACCCAAACCCCAGCUAUUACACCGGCGGCGACAGCACCUACUCGGUAUCGCCGCCCGAGGAUCUGGAUACCUCUGUCAGCUCCGCGUCCGGCUAUGGGAACAGCUACUCUGUGACCACCAGCUACGCCGGCAGCAGCCAGGGGGAGUACGAGAGCGCGGGCUCCGCGAGCGGCGUCGACCUCAACGAGUACAUGCAGGAGCGGUUUGCGGCCACCUUUGACCCGAUUGCCCUGGACAAGUGCACUGCCAAGCAGGCCCAGACAUCCGGACAUCUGAACGCUAAGCACCGCGAGCUGCUCGAGCUGCAGGCAAAGGCGCAGGCGCGCCUGGCAAAGACCCGCGCGCGGUUUGCGCAGGGGCUCGAGGAUGCGCGAGAGGUGCACGCCGACCUCGAGUGGACGCAGAAGAAAGUCUCAUCCCUGAAAGCGAGGGCUUCCAAAAAGCAUUCCAAGGAAUACGCCAAGGCACGGGCGCGAUACCCGUCGCCUCCUCUGUACUAAACUAAAUUUCUCCUGAGCCUCGAUUUCGAUUUCUCGCCCGGCGGCGUUCUGGGUGAUUUUGGCGUUUUCCCGGAUUCUUUUG